AGUGUUGUGGCAACGCCAAUUGUCAUUGGGGCAUUUGUGCAGUGUCUCAUGUUUCACUUACAGACAUGCUGACUAGACUGAACAGGAUUCUUGGGAGACAGGAUGGAGAGCACAGGCAGACCAAGGGGAGGCAGAAGGAAGAUGGCUUUCAGUCUCCAUGUCACACAUCAAGAAAUGGUCCUGGAGAAAGCGCAUAAAAUUAUAGAUAUCGAGGCGCUCGGCCGGGGCUCCCGCCGUCGCCAUGGGCCGCCGCCCCGCUCGCUGCUACCGGUACUGUAAGAACAAGCCGUACCCCAAGUCCCGCUUCUGCCGGGGGGUGCCCGACGCCAAGAUCCGCAUCUUCGACCUGGGUCGGAAGAAGGCGAAGGUGGACGAGUUUCCGCUCUGUGGCCACAUGGUGUCGGACGAGUACGAGCAGCUGUCGUCGGAAGCCCUGGAGGCCGUGCGCAUCUGCGCCAACAAGUACAUGGUCAAGAGCUGUGGCAAGGACAGCUUCCACAUCCGCGUGCGGCUGCACCCCUUCCACGUCAUCCGCAUCAACAAGAUGCUGUCGUGCACCAGCGCCGACAGGCUCCAGACCGGCAUGCGAGGCGCCUUCAGGAAGCCGCAGGGCACCGUGGCCCGGGUCCACAUCGGCCAGGUCAUCAUGUCCAUCCGCACCAAGCUGCAGAACAAGGAGCAUGUGGUCGAGGCCCUGCGCAGGGCCAAGUUCAAGUUCCCGGGACGCCAGAAGAUUCACAUCUCCAAGAAGUGGGGCUUCACCAAGUUCAACGCCGAUGAGUUUGAAGACAAGGUGGCGGCCAAGCGCCUCAUCCCUGAUGGCUGCGGAGUCAAGUACAUCCCCGAACGGGGCCCCCUGGACAAGUGGCGGGCCCUGCAUUCCUGAGGACCUUGCCGCCAGAAAGGAAGAAACCAAGGACGGUUAUAGUUUGGAAAAAACCGUUCAUUCCGUUUAUAGCGCCUGGAAGGUUAGUUUGCAUCUUACAGAACAUUACGGUGGAAAAUACCUGCCUUGUUUGAGGAAUCAGAAAACUGCAGUUUUGAGAACACAUUUGCUAAUUUGAGCCAUCUACUUUAAAAUUUUUUGGAGUAUACUGCAGUAUGGCAAACAUUUUGGUUACGGAGGGCAUAAAGGAUAACUAUUAUUAUCUUUGAUUGGGAGUGCUAGAGGAGUUGGAAGAUGUGUGUGAAAAAAUGGUUUCUAGAAAGCUAAACAUGAAAAUUAUAUUUCUAAACAUGAAAAUUAUAUUUGAAGUGUAUCCUCUUUAAAACUAGCCUAUUUCUAAAUUUGAUUGUUUUGCUAUAAAUUUGUCAAUAUUAUUUUUAGAAUUACCUGUAGCCCGAGGUUAUCAAUCUUAGAACAGUUGGGUAUACUGAAAAAAAGAUUUUCUAGACAAGCCUUACAUUGUCCUGCACUCAGG